AUUUCCAAGUUGGAUCAUUCCUUUCAUUUCUCUCAAACCUCCUUACUCUCAGUUCUAGUGUCACAACCGUGAAAGUCGUUUCCAAGUUCGAUACUUCGCCAAACCCGCCACAUACACAAGCCGAAAGGAAAAUAAGACAAAAAUCGACUUGGGAAAUGACGAUGCAAGUAUAACAAAAACUGGAAGGUCACGAGAAAGAUGCGAUCUUGCGAGAUGCUGCUGUCAGGUUCGGACUCCAGCUGCAAGACGCCCGAAAUUUGGGCCAACGACGAAGAUGACGACGACGACAUCAGUUACACCAAGAUCUCAUCAAAACAAGACUCAGAAAGCGAUUUAUCGGAGGCAGACUCGUUGAAAAGGUCGAAACAAGAAGGGUCAGGGAAGGGCGGCAAGAGGCGGUGCCUUCUGGGCAGCGUGCCACCGUCGGCGGCCGGGCGGAGGCGGCGGCAGGGUCUAACUGCUAGGGAAAGGAAUCUCCGGAGGCUAGAAUCUAACGAAAGGGAGAGAAUGAGAAUGCACUCCCUCAACGACGCAUUCGAGCAACUCAGAGAAGUAAUACCACAUGUAAAAAUGGAAAGAAAACUCUCAAAAAUCGAAACGCUGACGUUAGCUAAAAACUAUAUUAUGGCAUUGACCAAUGUUAUAUGUGAGAUUAGAGGAGAGGAAAAACCUUACACAUUUCUUGACGUGGAUUGUGACAAUGCGAGCAAUGCUGGUGAUGAUCUAGAACCCAACAACAACUCCUUGUUUCAAGAGAACCUCGAACCGAGAGAUGAAGAGUUGUUAUCUGUUGAAUGAGAAUUCGACUGCGAAUUGCCUGUAAAAGAUAUGAAAUUAAAGGCCCUUGCUAUUAGGUUCUAUGAACCACGAAGCCUUUCAGGAAUCUUGUGAUAAAAUUAAUUAUUAUUUUAAUACCAGAAAGUAAUUUUAUAUAUCGAAUUUAUUAAAUUAUAAUUGAAAUAUAUCUUGUCUUAUUCUUCUUUUUUAUGUAUUUUUCAGUUUGUUAGUACUAUGAAUUAGGAAUGAUACACAAAACAUUUCCAAUUGAUUUUUGUUUAUUGAUAAAAAUAUAUCAAUUGCGUUUUCUUCAUAAACUGAAAAUAGAAUUUCGAAAUUUAAGACCUAUUUAAACAAAGACAUAAACCAAACUGUUGAAUAAAAAGUGGAUUCUAGUUAAAACUUUACUUUAAGAAUUGUCAUAAUAAUAAACAUUUCCCCUUAUUUAUGCAACAAAUAAGUUUUAGACAAACAUCUUUUGUUGUAAAGUUUUGGAAACAAAAUAACUAUGUGCAGCAAUAAAUACUGUUGAAAUUCUAAAAAGUACUUGAUAUAAAUUUUGAAACAUUAAAAAAAAUUGUUCAAAUUGAUUGUCAAUUUCCAAUAUUCCAUUUUAAUAAAUAAUAAAUGGGUUACCAUUAAGAAUACAUUAGCACUAUGAUAAAGAGAAAUAAUGAACUUCAAAUAACAAACAGGAGAUAGUUCCUGCAGUUAUAAAUGCAGAUUAUUUGUGAGAAAUGUCUCAUAAUGGAGGAAUAAAAAAAUUAUUGUCAA